CGUAAACACAGACUCUUAUUUUGUACACGAUAAUCACGAUUAUCGUUGAACAGCCCUAGUAUAAGCAAAGAGUGAGAGGUUAUGGGCUGCAUGGAGAGAUCAGUGAUCAGUCUAGCUUCUGAUUCUUAUUUCACCAUCAGUGGUUCACUUAUAAAACAACCUGGGAGCUGAACACAGGCCAGGACACUAGUGAAUGCAGCCUUUGUUACAGGAGCUUGUCUUCAUGGCACCCAGGUAAUCAGCACUCAGCCUUGUUUCCAGAAAUAACCGCUGGUAUCUGGGCAUUAGGUUCACAAGCUGCACUGCGAGCUGAAGGAGGCGGUCUUCCGCAAGCUUUAAAGAGACACUUCACCGACUUUAAAAGAAGGUCUGGUACAUUAACCCACGUGUAAACAAGAGCUUGUUUGACUGAAAACUAAAUAAAUAUUGCCUAGAUAUAGUGUAAUAAACCCUUCUUCAUGAUGCCAUCUACAGAUGCCAUUCACUUCUUGGAAAAUCUGGGAUUUUUGUUCUCGUUUAAAUGUGGAAAUAAUUUUAGGAUCUUUAGAAAUUUAACCCAAAGAAAAAUAAAGAAAAUAUGUAUUCAACCAUAUUUUUAGGUCACUAAUUGAAGUAAAAAAAAAAAAAAAAAAAAAAAGAAAGAAAGGGACAAAUAAAUACUAAGACAUAAGAAACCUCUUUUUAAAUUCAACUUACACUUUACAUAAAAUAGAAGCUUUUUCUGCAAGUGGUCACAGACCUCAGAUUACAAAGAAUUGUAUUUCUAUACAAUGGCCAUUAUAAUUGAUUUUUAAUGAGAUUAAAUAGUUGAAGAGUAUAUAUUCUCCUGUUUAAUGGUGUUUGGGAACAUUUAAAAUGCCGUUAUGUGAGUGUGCAGAUUAGAAUAUACACCGGUGCAUUCAGUAUUUAAAAAAAAAAAAAAAAAUGUAAAAAAGAUUUAUAGAUAUUAGUGUGAUUAAAAUAUGUUGGAAAGCAAGGACAGAAGCUUUAGAGAAAAUGAAAUAAUGUAAAGGAAAAAGAAAAAGAAAUAACCAUGAGUAUUCAAAGGAUUCUUGUAGAAGUAUUUAUUUGCAGUCCUCACCCUGAAUAAAGACAUACCCAGUUUGGGCCAUGAAAUUUAAUAACCUGCAGAUGGAAUUUGAAGUUGCUCCUCCUAUUUUUCCCUGUCCGUUUUCUCCCAUUCCAUCCCUCCCUCCCGUUUCCUCCCUCUCUCGCGUUCUCUGCAGAACAGCCGCAUCCCUUUGCAUCAAUCAGCAGCCAUGUUGAAGGUGAUCCCACAGUCCUCCACCACCUUUGCACUUCCUCCCGAGCUCUCGUUCUCUCUUCAGCUCUCUCGCGCAUUCGCUCACAGUCCACGGCGGUUUUUCAAUUUAAUAUCUUAUCCUCUCAUGCUUUCGCUGAAACCCCUCUCUAGUCUUCCUGUCCUUGUCUCAAGUCACCAUUUCUGCUUUCUCAUGCACUCUCUCUUUCUCCUCCGCUGCUCGCCCUCCUUCUGUUUGAUAUCAGAAAUGAGCAUUUGAGAAGCAGACUGUGCGGUCUCUCUCUCUUGCUCGUUCUCUUUCUCACACCCACCCACCACCACCACAAAGAUGCACGCAUAAAAAUGUUGCAGCAGUGGUAGCGGUACAGCUAUAAGAGCAAACAGCCGCGUUCAGAUGUGCAUAAACACAUUCUGGACCAUAGAAACGCAUGAGGUGGGCGAGGGACAGGCGGAGAACACGAACAUUCGUGUGCCUGUGCAUCUAAAUUCAUCGCUGUUCAUAAUCUUUUUUUGGAGAGCUGGGGGUGGAGGGGAGCUCAUCUGAAAUAGCAGCAUCCGGACUGCUGUUAUUUAUUCUACGUGAUGGAAAAUGUCAAAAGCUGCCUCUCGCCAGGUGCCGUUUUUGUUUUGACACCGGUGGUUGCAUUGUUGCAUCCACCUCACACGGCAUGUGAGCGCUUCUCACAUGUUAGCACGCUGAUCCAUUUUCCCCGCGCUCUCUCGUUCCGGCUACCCUUUUGCAGUGGUUAAUGAAGUUGCAGUCCUUGCUAGCACGCCGCAUCUCUUUUCCGCUGCUAAUAAUGCACAGACAGCAGCAGAGCUGCCCUGCCCGACUAUUUAUAAACUCCACAGUGGGCGAAUAGACCCUGGUGGCCAGCUAACGCGUGCAUGGAAGGAACGAGACCUAUAGCAGGGUGCAGUGGAGCAGACUGAUGCCCCCUGCCACCUCUGGACUGGGCGUCUCACGCAGAGAGGGCACUGGGACUAGGGUGAACGAAAAAGAGAGAGAGUGUGAGAGUGAGAGAGAGAGAGAGCAAGCAGGAUAGACUUAUAGGAGAGACUGCGAUCGCAGCAGAGAGCAGCAAGUGACGAGUUGAAUCUAAAAAAAAAGCUGUAACACUUUCGCCUGCAAACGAAACAUCUUUUUCCAGCCAUCAGUGGAUCGCAGGAACUGUAGAGGAAGGCGUGAGCGAUGUUUUCCGCUCUCCAUCCACUGAAGCGCUUUCUCUGAUUAACUGAAAUAAAGAACGGUUUGAGGGAAGGUGGGGGAUUUUUAUUUUUCCGCCAUUUCGCUUAUCCGGUAUGGUAAGUCAUGAUGACUGUGGUCAACCCUAGCACUCUUGGUCUGGUGGACAAUUCCCACCCCCAAGCUGUCCUCAGUCAUCUUAGUGAACAGCGUUCACAAGGCCUAUUCUGUGAUGUAAUAAUCGUUGUGGAGGAUGUCAAAUUCCGUGCUCACCGCAACAUACUGGCUGCCACAAGUGGAUAUUUUCGUAAUGCUUUCAAAACACCUGAUGUCUACACGUCCAGCCAGGUGCUGGAGCUAACAGACCUGAAAUCUGAGGUCUUUGCUAGCAUUCUAAACUUCAUCUACAAUGCCAGAGUGGAGUCAAGUAGUACAGAGGACAGCAGGUCUCUGGUGGCCGCUGGAAAGCGUUUAGGAAUUCCCUUUCUGGAGAAAUUGCUAGACUCUGAAAGGCAGAGCUCUGGUCUCUUGCAAGGCCAAGCCUCUGCAAGCUGCGGAAGAUCAAAUGGUCAGUCAAAGUUGGCAGACACAUGCACACUGAAAAAAGAGACCCUCAAGCCUGAGGAGUUAGAUUGCUCCAAGGGCCCAAGGAUCACCAAUGCUUUCUCCAUUACGGAGGUUGGGGCAGUAAACAACCCAUUCUCUACACUGGAUCACCGUAACAAAGUUACUGAGGAAGGGCAUUCUCCUUCCAGCUCCCAAGAUACAAGCAUAUCACCCAUAGAGAGUGAGCCUGCCCAUGCUCUAACAGAGCACUCAUAUGCAGUGAGCCAGGGGCAAGAAUCUAAAGAGGUUAACCAGGGGAAUGAGAACAGAACCAUCAUGCCUGUCGUUCCUCCAGCUAAGACUGUGGUUAACAAUAGACUUGGACCUAUAAAAAAGCGUCGUAUACAUGGUAAUGGUAUUCUGUCUCUCUCAAGUGAGCCAGGUGCAACUCUGCCCACUAUUACUGGCACUUCUUCAGUGGAAAAGGCUACUGUUGCACCAUUAUCUUCCUCCCAGUUAUCCUCAGAUACAGCACCAGUGAUACAUUCCAGCCUCGAUCUCUUGCCACCACUUGACGUCACACCCUCUCAGGAUGCAGAGCCACCCUGCCUCAGUCCUCAGAAUACACCCAGUGUCCCCACCUUCUGCUGCCAGCAAUGCCCUGAAACCUUUAGUGACUCUACGCUUCUCACCAUCCACAUGCAAAUACACAAGAGAUUUGUCAGUCAUUUGUUUUGCAAGUACUGCCAUAAAAAGUUUAUGCAUCUGAAAAGACUGCGCAAUCAUGAGCAGGUUUGUGUGAAAUCUCUAAAAGGUCCAUCUGAGUUAGAGACAAAUAAUAAAGAUUCAUUGAGAGUCCCAGUCUCUAAUGGUACACCCAAUUCAAAUACCACGCAACACUCUUUACCUCCACCAGAUCUCCAUAUCCCUUUAAGUUUAGACCCCACAUUGACUAGUCCCCCUGAGCUGUCUCAGGAUCAAGUUAAUGGGACCUUAAAAACAAAUAGCACUUCAAGGACAUAUAAAUGUUCUGUAUGCAGACGGGCUUAUGUGACCAUUUCCAGUCUAAAAAGACAUGAGAAUGUACACUCAUGGCAUAGAGCCUAUCCUUGUCACUACUGCAACAAAGUUUUUGCUUUGGCUGAAUACCGUACAAAGCACGAGAUAUGGCAUACUGGGGAACGACGGUACCAGUGCAUCUUCUGCUUGGAGACCUUCUUGACUUACUACAUCCUCAAGAAUCACCAGAAGUCCUUUCAUGGCAUUGAUCCACAGCUGGCUGUCAAUAAAAAAUCAGCAAAUGGUGGAUUCAAGAGUAGUGUGUACCCCAUAAAGCUCUACAGGCUCCUCCCAAUGAAGUUUAGAAAGAAACGUUAUAAGUCAUACAGUCAGACAUACUCUGAGGGGAUCGAGGGCAAUGAUGAGUCCUACAAUGAACCACUGGGCAACUGUUCCCCCCACACUCUUAUUGACAGUGCAGUCCCUACAACUAAUUCAGAUGUUGUUUGUGGUCAGUCAUUAUUUUCAAUGCCAGUGACAUUCAUGGCCACCCCGAAAAUGAUGGCAUCAGAAACUCCUCGCAUCAGCUUUGACAAACCGUGUGACCAAAACAUAGGAUUUCCUAUGUCAUCUGAGAUAGACCAACCUUCAAAACACCUCUCUACUGAUUUCAAGAAAAGGUCUGGAUUUGAUGGCAAAGGGUCACCGCUCUUCAGCCACAGAUUUACAGAUUCUUCAAAAGCAAUCGAGAAAAACACAGGGACCUCUCUCAUGACAAAUGGAAGUGACAGAGAUUCUUCAACAGAGAAAAACACAGAAAACAGCACAGACAUUCUUCCAUUCCUCAACAUACCAUCUGUGUGCUCCUUCGAAGGGUUGAGCAGGCUGAGUGAACUGUCAGCAGCAGCACAAACCAUUGAGGACAUGGCUAAUCAGCUGCUACAAGCAAGACCCGAGAGCAUAACACCGGAUCAGCCACCUAAUGGAAAGACAGAAACGUACAUUGCUAAGCCUGCAUGUCCAGGCCCAUCAGUUGAUAACCAAGUCCUUCCCCUCUGCCAAAUAACAGUGAAGAUUGGCAACGAGGCAAUUGUUCGACGAAAAAUAAAAGGCUCAAAGCUAUUUCCAAAAAAGAGGAAAAGGAAAAGCUGGAGACAGGAGGGCAUAGGUCAAAAUAGCCCUGCAGUGGAGAGUAUUGGAAGUCCAAGUUUGCGACUGAGAACAGAAGUCACAACAUCAGUUGCAGAAAAUGAAUCAUAUGAUGACCCAAAUGAUCCUGAAUCCGACAAACUAUGGCGACCCUAUUACACAUAUAAACCUAAAAAGAGGGGUAAGAAACUGAAAGGCAAACGAACAAGGAUGAAACAUGUGAGAUGCUACACUAGACCAUUGUCACCUGAAGCCAACGAAGACUUCAGAGAGAUACCGUUCUGUCCAGAUGAGAGGAUCUCAGCAGACAACUACGGGGUCAGGAGGGAGCCAAGGCAUAGCAGCCAAAAGGAAGCUUUCCCCUGCCACAGCUGUGAGAGCUCUUUCUCUAGCCAGACCUCCCUCAGCAUGCACAUCAUCAGCUGCCAUCAGCCACGCUGCAGAAUAUGUGGUAAACAAUGUCCCCCUGAAUCCAGCACAGCUGGGUCCACUGCAGAGGAUAGUGGUGACUUUAUCUGCAAGAGCUGCACUGAGGAUGGCUCCUGUUUCAGCUCGGAUGUGGCGUCCCACAGCCUGAGCAUGGAAAAACGUUACAGAUGUUCUUACUGCCCACAGCGAUUCCUUUACCUUGCCACCAAGAAAAGUCAUGAGAAAAAACACCUAGAAAAGUCAGGAAAAGGACACAAUUGUAGGUAUUGCUCAAAGGUAUGUAAAUCAGCAGUGCUGUUGAGUGUGCACGAGAGCAAGCACUUCAAGUCAGAAGACGGAGAAGAUCCAGACAUGACAUGUAAAAUAGCCAGUUCAUUUUCUACAGGUAAAGAGCGCAAAGGACAGAUCAAACCUGAACCUUGGGAAAGCACGUAUACCUCCUCAGAGAUCAAGCCAAAGAUGGGGGAACCUAUGGACAUGGAUUCUGAGGGGAAUUAUCCUACAAUCCCCAGUGUCUACAAGAAAACAUCUUUGUCAUUUCCUUAUGCAGCAGAUAGGUCUUUCACUCCCCUUCCCUCAGAGAUAAAGAGGAAGAAGUCCAAGAAAAAAAGCAUUUUGGAACGUCCUAGAGGAUUUGGAUUUGAGGGGCACACACAGGACUCUGUGAUAUGGGGCCACCAGGACUGACCUGCCAACACAGGUACAACCAAGUAAAGCGCUGACUCAGUCCAAUAUGUCAGCCAAGAAUGUCUGUAACCAAAGGAACUUCCCAACAGCCUACAGUUGCUCAAGUCAGAGCAGCAUUUCUGUAAAGAGGAACCUAGUUUUCACACCCACGACAGGAAGGAAAUGCAUCUCCUGCUGAUGUCACAUAGAAUAAUGACGUAAAUGACAGGGCAGGCCUUACAACGUUUGAAAAAAUGGGGAAAAACGCACAAGAAAGUAUGAGGAGGUUGGCAUAGUAACUUUGUCUUCAAGAGAACUUGUGAGAUGUAAAUAUAGAGUAUUUUUCUCAUGAAAUACUAUUGGUAGUUUUCCACAUUUUUUAUGAGAAAAGGUGGUUUUAUUUUUAUACGUUUUUAUUUGUCUAAGUCAGGUGGAUCUUCCCUAUUUCAUUGCUCAUUGUGUUGUACUCUAUGCAUUAAGUAAAGUGAACAGCUAGCAGCACCUUAAAGUAAAGAUAACUUCGAGUGAUUGUACUUUUAUUGUAACAUAACACCAUUACCACCGUUUCAAUCUAUUUGUUGCACAAAAUGCAGUAAUAACUCUGCUGAUAAAUGCUAAAAAUUAUUUUCCAGAAUAUACCAAAAGUUUUACCUUUCAUUUAUAAAAUUACAUUUAAUUUUGUGGAAUACUUACAACAAAUCAUGAAAUAAAAAUAAAAUAAACAAAAAUAACACAUAACACAAGUCAUGUUAUUAAGUUGCCUAUAACGCAAUAUCUUGUUAAAAUUGUUGUAACGUUAGAAAAUGUAAUAAUGUUAGCCACAGUAAUAAAAUUUAAUCUGUUUUUAUGACAUUACAUUAAACAUAUGAAAACGAGGCUGUAAGGGAAUAGACAUUUUUUUUGACAAUAUAUGUUUUGUUCGCUGAAUGUUAAAGGUGCAGUAUGCAGGAUUUUCAGUAACUGUUUGUAAACAAAACAUUCAAACUUGGCCUCUCCUCGUGGACAGAACACCGCCAGUAGUGCAAGCCCUCUGCCCUGACAUUAUAUCAGUUGCACAUGCAACCCAACUGACUCUAGAAAUGACCUACGGGAAGAAGAAUGAUGAGCUAUUUGUUUAUCAUGCAUAAAUAGCAUUUUUUGGUGUAUAUGAAAGAAGUUAGAUGACUGGCUGUAAUUUGCAAGCAAGCUUAGCUAUCUUCAGUCUAGCUCGCUAAUAAACAACAAUUAUGUGUCAUCAUAAAAACAAUUACAAUGCCUAGUAAUCUGUCAAGUUACAGUCAUAUUAAGCCUAUAGCAACAUUAACAGGCCAAAGGUGCAGCCCAGAAACAUUCCAAGCACAGGAAUUCAAAAAAUACAGGCACAGGGCAGUGUCUUAAUAGACAAACACCACCACACACUUCUAGAAGUCUAUACUUUUUUUCCUCGAAAAUCCUGCAAAGUGCACCUUUAUACAAAAGGGUACGCAAUACUACAAGACAUUAAACAGACUUAUAGCCUUGUUUUCAAUUGUGGCACAUUAAAAAAGGCAUUUACCCUUGACUAAGGUCUAUUGUAAUGUUGGCUGAGUUUCCUGCCAGUAAUAAAAUGUCAAAUGUCAGUUUUCUACAAUUGGAACACAUUUCCUAAUGUCAUAUCUUUAGAAUCCAUUGUACAAAUAAACUGAAAAAAAAAAAAUGGACAGGUUGACUGAGAGAGAGAGAGAGAGAGAGAGAGAGAGAGAGAGAGAGAGAGAGAGAGAGAGAGAGAGCGAAAAUGAGUGAAACAGAGCCCAGAGCUCCUCUUCCUCCUGAAACUGUUGACUUGUAAGUGGGAACUCUGUUUAUUCAUUCAGAUUGUCUCUCUCACUCUCUCUUUGGGCCUCCAUGCUGACCCAUCUGAGAAGCUCAUUCCCAUUUUUCUGUCGGUCCUCUACACAAUGCGGCAUUCACAGUGUCCCGUCUGGGCCCACGUGACACCAGUGCCAGAUGUUCUGAACUCUACGCCACCGUCAACUCCACUCUCUGGAGAUAUGCUGGCAGCAGGUUUGUGCCCAAAACAGAAAGCCUAUCAGUAAAAUGUAUGUGAAGGUUUUCCUUCAUUCCAGGUCAUUAGGGAAUGUCUGGUAGUUCAUUCAUCUGUACCAGAUGAUUUGUUUUACAUUUUUCAAAAACUUCACUAGACAGCCUAUCAACUACUUAUCUGUUUUGCAUGCCUAAUCCAUCAAAAAAAAAAAAAAAAAAAAAUCAGUCUACUCAAAUAUCGGGCUAAUCCAUCUAACAUCUAACCAAUGUGAACAUAUGUUACAAAGGAGUAAUUUUAUUUUCAACACAAUGCUAUAGCACAAGCCCUAACGUCCAACUAACCAGUCAUUGAUGAAGGUGCAACACUUCAUAAACUUUUUUAAUAAAGAGAUAAACUGAAGUAAUGCUGAGCAAAAACAAAAAUCCAAGACACUACUGGAAACUAUCAUACACAAGUGCAAUCUUUAGAGACACUGAAAUCAAAGUAAAACAACAUUAAAAUUUGUAAUUCAGCCUA